AAUUCUAAUCCCCUUCUGGUAGGACCAAACUAAUUGAAGUCUUAAGGGUAUCAGGUCCAAGCAAAUGGAGCUCCCUAUUUUUCCAGGAAAUUAAAGACCAAUCUUCUCUAUACUCACGAAAAGAAAAUUCUAAUCUCCUUUUGGUAGUAAGACCAAACAAAUUGAAAUUUCAAAUAAUGAACUUUCUCACAUCAUUAACUCUUGCUCUCCCUGUCCUGCCUUUUCCCACAAUAUAUAUACCAACACAACCAAGUUUUCGGAGAAGCAAACAAGUUUGAUGGAGGAAGAAGCAAAUCACCACGCAAUAGACAUCUCAAAUAUAAUAGACAGAGAGAGGCUUGCUUCGAUGGAGCUCAAGAUUUCGGAGAAUCCCAAGUUUCUAUGCAAAGCCGCGGGGAAGAGAUCUUGCUGCAUCUUCCGGGUCCCACAGAGCCUAGUUGAGGUAAACGGAAAAGCUUAUCAACCUCGUAUCGUGUCGAUAGGACCAUAUCACCGUAACCAACCUCGCCUCAACAUGAUCGAGGAGCACAAGUGGCGUUACCUCGGUUCCCUUCUCUCCAGAACAAACACCAUCGGUUUCGUUCUAUAAGAUUUGUUCAAAGCCAUUGCACCCUUAGAAUCCGAAGCCAGAGAGUGCUACUCCGAAACCAUCAACCUCGACUCUCACGACUUCAUCCAAAUGAUGAUCCUCGAUGGCUGCUUCAUCAUUGAGCUCUUUCGCAAAGUCGCCAGAUUAGUACCCUUUGAACGCGAAGACCCUCUUCUCACCAUGGUGUGGAUAUUACCCUUCUUUUACAGAGACUUUCUCAAGCUUGAAAAUCAAAUCCCCUUUUUCAUUCUGAACCAGUUAUACCAAGUUACAAAACUACCCGGAGAAAAGUCAACGCCAACACUGUCAACUCUCGCGUUGCUCUUCUUCAACAACUCGUUGCAAAAGCCAGACGAAUCCUUGCAAAACGACGUGCAGGGAAAGCAUUUACUUGACUUGGUUCGUUCGAGUUUCAUUCCCAAAAACGAUGAAGAAACAGAGCCACGAAAAAGAGUCAUGACGCCAACGCACGUGAUCCUCUGCGUGUCGAAGCUUCGUCGCGCAGGGAUUAAAAUUAAUCCAAGCAAGGAAAGUGAGAGUUUUCUGAACGUGAAGUUCAGGCGCGGCGUGAUUGAAAUGCCAAGCCUUACGGUGGAUGAUUUCAUGAGCUCUUUUUUGCUGAACUGCGUUGCGUUAGAGCAGUGCUACAGCGGUUGCUCGAAGCACUUCACUGCCUAUAUUACCCUCUUGGACUGUCUCGUAAACACGUAUAGGGACGUUGAGUAUUUGUGCGAUCGGAACGUGGUUGAGAACCACCUUGGGACGGAGGGGGAAGUUGCAAGCUUCAUAAACAACGCGGGAAAGGAUGUGGCGGUUGAUUUGGACUUGUGUUACUUGUCACGAUUGUUCAAUGAUGUUCACAAAUAUUAUAUAAAUAGUUGGCAUGUUCAGUGGGCUAGCUUCAAGCACACUUACUUUGAUACGCCCUGGUCCUUCAUCUCGCUUCUCGCCGCCUCCAUUUUGCUGCUUCUUACCGUGGCUCAGACUUACUUUUCGGCUUCUCAGUAUUUUCAUCAGACUUAAUUACAAUUCUUCACGCACUCCUGGAAAACACCAGUUUUUUAUUCAAUGAUGUUUAACAAUUAUCUUAAUUGCUUGCAUAACGGAUUUGAUAUUCUUGGCUUAUUAGUGAAACUUUGACAUCCGGCCACACCAAUGUAAUCCAUAUAGUUGAUGAUUAAUUAAAUAAACUAUUUGACAACUUUUUUUUU